UUGGGACGCCCACGCGGCCUGGUUCUCAAGCUUCAGGGCGGUUCAGCCAGUGGCCCCGGCGACCGUCCUGGGUCUCUGUUUUGCGGGUUGUGGUCUUCGUUUGUGGCCCGCCAAGCCCACCUCGUCUGCUGUUACGCUCCCGUCCUGGCCUGCCGCCUCGGGCGCGCCCUGAGCCCCUAAGGGUCGCAGCGCUGCGGAGCCCUGGAAACAUCUCUCCCAGUGUCUGGCCAGAGGUUUAGGGAGAGACAGGUUUAAUUCCCAGGCCAGAGAAGGAGCAAGGCCCAGCAGGAGCAAUGGCGACCUCUCCCGGCCUCCAGCACCCGCCAUCCCUGGAGCAGGACGAGAUCCUGAUUGUGAAGGUGGAGGAGGACUACUGCUGGGAAGAGGAGCCCUCCCUAGAGGAAGAAGACCCUAGCCCCGAGACCUUCCGCCAGCUUUUCCGGCUUUUCUGCUACCAGGAGGUGGCGGGACCUCGGGAGGCCCUGAGCCGCCUCUGGGAGCUCUGCUGCCGUUGGCUGCGGCCUGAGCUGCGCACCAAGGAGCAGAUCCUGGAGCUGCUGGUGCUGGAGCAGUUCCUGACGGUGCUGCCAGGGGAGAUCCAGGCCCGGGUGCGGGAGCAGCAGCCAGAGAGCGGUGAGGAGGCCGUGGUCCUCGUGGAAGGGCUGCAGCGGGAGCCCAGGAAACAAAGGCAGCGGGAUCUGGAGGUGCUCCCUGAUGAUAUACUGCCCCAUGGGACAGGGGAUUGGUUCUUGAAAUGCCAGACAGAGGCCCAGCCAGAGGAGCUAUCCCUGGAGAAAGGGGCUCAGUACUUCAGCCAGCAGCUCCCAGCACAGCUGAGCCAUGGACCAAAAAGAGGCCCCCAGCUCUGGCCAAAUAGGGGCCCAGUGACCUCCCGGCAUCAGGAGACAGCAGCACUGGCCACGUCUUUCCUCUCAGCCUGGUCCCAGCAGGUGCCGGUGACUGUGGAGGACAUGGCCGUGUACCUGUCCCAGGAGGAGUCGGGGUGCCUGGACCUGACUCAGCAGGACUACAGCUGCAGCGUGCUGCCAGAGUGUGAGGGACUCCUCGCUCCCAGGCCCUGUCUGAUUGCCCAGCAGGGGCGAGGGGAAGGCCAGCAGGACCCGGCUUGUGCAGCCCUGGGGCCGAGGGGAGUCUCAGGCAGCGCCGGCUCAGAGCUUGCGGUGCGAGUGGAGAUCGGAGAGGACGCCGGGGAGGACACGCCGAUGAGAAUGGGCUGGGGCCAAGCGCUCCCGGGUCAUGGUCGGGGUUUGGGGCCCAGCCUGACCAGACCCCAACAGGCUUUGGACAGAGCGGGGCCCCGCGGGGUCCUGAAGCCGCACACGUGUCCCGAGUGCGGCAAGGCCUUCAGUAAGACGUCCCACCUGACCAAGCACCAGCGCACGCACACGGGGGAGCGGCCCUACCAGUGCCAGGUGUGCGGGAAGCGCUUCGGCGACCGCUCCAACUGCAGCACGCACCAGAGAGUGCACACGGGCGAGAAGCCCUAUGCCUGCACCGAGUGCGGUAAGCGCUUCAGCCAGAGCUCCAGCCUGGUCAUCCACCGCCGGACGCACACCGGGGAGCGGCCGUAUGCCUGCACCGAGUGUGGGAAGCGCUUCAACAACAGCUCGCACUUCAGCGCGCACCGCAGGACGCACACGGGCGAGAAGCCCCACGCGUGCCUGGUCUGCGGCAAGGGCUUCCGCCGGGGCACCGACCUGCGCAAGCACCAGCGCACACACUGCCGGGAGCAGCCCCCGCCCUGAACCCCGGGUCUCCAGGACGCCCCCCGCCCCUCCCCGGGACCAGGGCCUGCUGUUUCAGGAAGCUACCAGAGUUGUUUCUGUCCCGGAGCCAGCAUCUCAGACUCCGUUUGUUCCCAUGGGCCAGCGUGAGGACACUCAGUGGGGCAUUUGGGGUGCCCAGGCCAAGGGAGGAAGCUGGACACCACAGGUGUGUUCGCGUCUGGGCGGCCAGAGGACCACUCUCUGGGUGGCUUACACCACCGGGAAUUUAUUCUCUCAUGGUUUGGGAGGCCAGAGUCUUAAAUCAAGGUGUCUGCAGGGCUGGCUUCUUCUGGAGGCUCUGAUGGAGGAUUUGUCCCACACCUCUCCUGGCUCCUGGAGGUGCCAGCCAUCCUUGGUGCUCCUGGACUUGUGGCACAUCACUCCAGCCCUGCUUCUGUCUCCCAUGGCCUCUUCCAUGUGCGCCUCCGCGUUCGUCUCCUCUCACAAGGACAGUCAUUGGAUUUAGGGCACCUUUAAUCCAGAAUGACCUUACCGUAACUAAUUACAUCUACAAAGACCUUGUUUCCAACUAAGGUCACCUUCUGAGGUUCUGGACAUGAUUUAGGGAGACACCCUUGUUUCCAACUAAGGUCACCUUCUGAGGUUCUGGACAUGAUUUAGGGGGACACCCUUCAGCCCCCUUGGGGGAAGGCUUAGUGGCUGCAGUUGCUUGCAGCUUUAUGGACCCCAGCCUUCCCUGGGCCAUCUCCCACCUUCCCCCACAAGCUUGCCACACUUUCAAAAUGUAGCCAGGGUGGGUUUUCUGGUAUCACAGUGGUGUUAGUAAGGAGAUGGGUGAGUUGUGGGUCACCUUCACAGAUCCAGGCUGUUCUGCAGGAUGGCUGGCCGGUGUGGGGAUGCUUCCCUGAGUUCCCACCUUCCAGCCUCUCCCAGCCCGCCAGGAAGCCCAGGGUUGUGGCCUCACCACUUUAGGGCACUAGGGCUGCCUUUGUUCCAGCCCAAGUGGCCAUGUUCCAGGGCAGAGGCUGGCCUGGGUUGCCCCACUUUGUCUUUCUGAGGUGGAUGUCCCUCUCUGACCUGUUCACAUCCCUAGUCUUGUGAGUGGCCGAGGGGAGCGAUUAGGGUCCUUGUUUGGUUGGGUCAUUAGUGAAGUUGUGGGGCAGCUCUGAAAUCACUGAGUUCCUUAAUAUUCCAUCCAGGGACUGUUCAUCCAAUCACUGUAUUUUUAGCUUUUCACACAACCCAGGUUCCAGGGUGUGUGACUUGCUCUUUUCUGUUCUCUUAAUAAAUGACAUCAGUUAUUCUGG